AUGGAGGAGCUGGGAUUUGCUGCUGCUUUUCCAGGCCGGAUGGAUUCGGGAUGGACGGGAGCGGCGCGGGCGGCGCCAGCUCCGCCGGCACGGCGCCGACGGCUCAGGGAGCUUCGGGUCUCAGUCUGCCGCCCUGGGGACCCUUGGGAUGGACAUCCCAGCCCUGCCAGGAACCAGGGAUGGACAUCCCAGCCCUGCCAGGAACCAGGGAUGGACAUCCCAGCCCUGCCAGGAACCAGGGAUGGGCAUCCCAACCCUGCCAGGAACCAGGGAUGGACAUCCCAGCCCUGCCAGGAACCAGGGAUGGACAUCCCAACCCUGCCAGGAACCAGGGAUGGGCAUCCCAACCCUGCCAGGAACCAGGGAUGGACAUCCCAGACCAUCCCAGCCCUGCCAGGAACCAGGGAUGGACAUCCCAACCCAUCCCAACCCUGCCAGGACCCUGGGAUGGACAUCCCAAACCUUCCAGGAACCCCAGGUUGGACAUCCCAACCCUGCCAGGGACCCGGGAUGGGCAUCCCAAACCUUCCAGGAACCCCAGGUUGGACAUCCCAACCCUGCCAGGGACCCGGGAUGGGCAUCCCAAACCAUCCCAAACCUUCCAGGACCCUUGGGAUGGACAUCCCACCCCUGCCAGGAACCAGGGAUGGACAUCCCAAACUUUCCAGGGUCCAUCCCAAACUUUCCAGGGUCCAUCCCAACCCUGCCAAGACCCCCAGGAUGGACAUCCUAAUCCUUCCAGGAACCCCCAUCCCUUCCAGGACCCCUGGGAUGGACAUCCCAAACCUUCCAGGAAUCCCAACCCUGCUAAGAACCCCAAACCUUCCAGGACCCCUGGGAUGGACAUCCCAAACCUGCCAGGGAAUCUGGGAUGGACAUCCCAAACCUUCCAGGGAAUCUGGGAUGGACAUCCCAAACCUGCCAGGGAAUCUGGGAUGGACAUCCCAAACCUUCCAGGGAAUCUGGGAUGGACAUCCCAAACCUGCCAGGGAAUCUGGGAUGGACAUCCCAAACCUUCCAGGAAAUCUGGGAUGGACAUCCCAAACCUGCCAGGGAAUCUGGGAUGGAUGUCCCAUUCCUUUGGGAUCCCUGGGAUGGGAAUCCCAGCCCCUCAGGGUUCCUGCAGCCCUUUGGGAUAGGAAUCCCAUCCCUUUGGGGUGUCCCACACCACUUUGGGAUAUCCUGGAAUGGGAAUCCCGGCCCCUCUUGGGUGAUUUUGGGAUCUCCUGGAUAAAUCCCGGCCCCUUCCCUGCGCCCACCCCCCUUUCCCCGCUGGCCCGGGGGGUCCGGGGGACGUGGGGACAAAUUUGGGAUUUUGGGGUCUGGGUUUUGAGAUCUGGGUUUUGGUAUGUGGAUUUCAGGGUCUGGAUUUGGGGUCUGGAUUUCAGAGUCUGGAUUUUGAGAUCAGGAUUUCAGGGUCUGGAUUUUGGGAUCUGGAUUUCAGGGUGA